GAGCCCAAGGGCUCUGGCAAGGUUGAGUACGCCAAGGAGGCUAGCGCCAAGAGGGCGGUCGCUAGGCUGAACGGUGCGGACCUUGACGGACAUACCGUGUCUGUUCAGUUGGAUGGGGGGGGUGGCGGGAAGGGCAAAGGCAAGACCAAAGACACCCCGCGUCACGUGUUCUUCGCGUGCCUCAGCUACGACACUCAGCAGGAGGGCUUCAAGACGUUUGCGGAGCAGGCAGGACCUGUGGUGGACGCGAUCCUUUUCACGGACAGGGAGACGGGCCAGUCGAAGGGCUGCGGCAAGGUCGAAUAUGAGAUUUUAUGGAGGCGGCGGCCCGCGCCGUCGAGGAGCUCAACGGGUUCGAGCUGGACGGCCGGUGGGUCGUUGCGCGACCGGCGCUGGAGCCCAGGGAGGCCCCGGCACCGGAGGAGCCGCCCAGCGAGGAGACGGUGGCCCGCUGGGUUGACGAGCUGAGCGAGAGGGGCGUUGUCCUGGAUGACCAGGCCGUCUCCGCGCUGUGCGAGGUGGACCUGGAGACGUCCGUCGCCAUCCUGCAGGAGUUGAGUGACCGGGGGAGCACGGUCUGCGAGGCCGGCCGCACGGUGUCGCAGUACGUGCUGGACUCGGUGGGCCGCUCGGGGGAGGCGGAGAAGCCGUGCAGCCCCGCGCUGUUCAAGAUGCGGUUCCUGCAGUCGCUGCAGAAGGAGGAGGCCAAGAAGGGCAAGAAGGGCAAGGGGGGCAAGAAGGGCAAGGGAAGGGGCUGACGUCGGCGGCGCACGCCCGCGCUCGAGCUGGGCGACGGCAAUGCACCUCCCCGAGGGCCUCUCCGUCGUGGCGGCGGCCUCCGCGCCGUGCCCCAGGCCGGCGCCGGCGGGCUCCCCAGGGGAGCGCGCUCGACUCCGGCGUUUGUCGCUGCCGCUCCCGCUUCCCAGACCCCCGACGUCGUUCAGGAGGGAA